GCAUGCAACUCUCUCUCGCACCGAACUAACAAGAGAGAGAGAGAGCAUGUCCCUAUAAUUAAAUGGUGCAGUUGGCUGGUGCAUAGGUGUGCUGUGUCCUCCAAAUAACUGAGCACAAACAGAGACAGAAAGAAGGCCAAAGACAAGCCUUUCUAUAUUCUUACCAAACAAGCUCAAAUAUCCUGACGAGAAAUUAACGACUGUAUUUGUAAUUACGUUCAAGAUUCACUCUAUGGCUGCUCUAACGGCUGUGAAGAGGAAAGGGAAGAAAAAUACGGAUCAAGCCCAGAAGAAACAAGGGAAGAUCACGAAAGAUGAGAUCAGCCAAGGAAAAGCUACUAAACGGUGUGAUUUAGUCUCGUUUUGGGAGCUGCCAGAGUACUUGAAGGAUAAUGAGUUCAUCUUGAGUUACUACAGAGCAGAUUGGCCUCUCAAAGAAGCUCUCUUUAGCAUUUUUCGUUGGCAUAAUGAAACCCUCAAUGUUUGGACGCAUCUUCUUGGUUUCUUGUUGUUUGUGGGGUUGACUAUGGCGAAUUUAAUGCAAGUGCCUCAGGUUGCGGAUCUACUUGGCUUGUUAACCAGGUCAAUUCUUACUAGUGCACAAAGAAAUGUUUCUUAUAAUUCAAAGGAUUUCUAUUUGGGGACAACACAACUGCUAGAUUUGGAGCACAUAUCACCCGUGGAAAUGGAUGUUUUGUCGGCAACCCGGUGGCCAUUCUAUGUAUUCCUAGGUGGUUCUAUGUUCUGCCUCCUCUCAAGUACCAUUUGUCACCUCUUUUGUUGCCAUUCACACCAUUUGAACAUUCUCUUGUUGCGAAUGGACUAUGUUGGCAUCGCCACAAUGAUCAUCACCUCAUUUUUCCCUCCAAUCUAUUAUAUCUUCCAAUGUGAACCACACUGGCAAUUUAUCUACCUUGGUGGUGUCACUGCACUGGGAAUGUUCACUAUAGUAACACUACUUUCUCCAUCACUAUCGACUGGAAAGUUUCGUUCUUUUCGAGCCUUCCUCUUCUCUUCCAUGGCACUCUUUGGCCUUAUCCCAGCAGCCCACGCAAUAUUUGUCAACUGGAGCAACCCUAAGCGCGACACCAUUUUGGCUUAUGAGUCUGCCAUGGCUAUAUUUUACUUGACUGGAACCGGGUUUUACGUCAGCAGGUUUCCAGAGAGAUUGAAGCCUGGAUGGUUCGACCUAACAGGACACAGCCAUCAAGUUUUUCAUGUUUUUGUGGUAUUAGGAGCUUUGGCUCAUUAUGGUGCCACACUUUCAUUCUUGGAGUAUCGCAGUCAUGUUGGAUGUGGAGCAAAUCUACAACAUGUACUAUAGAAAUUCAUCAAUAUGUUUUAUUGUGAAGUUUGUUUGUGUUUGAUUCAUUUAGGUGGGAAAUAUAUUCAUUUGUUAGAAUUCUCACUUAAACUGGAAUAGUAGUGUCUAUAAUGUUGUAUACUUGUGCUAGUGUGACAAUCAUUUUAGCAGAUGGGCUAUUGCCUAUAUGAUUCAAAAGAAAACAAUCUGGAGUUCAUAAUGCAUGGGAAAAUGAAUCAAGAUUAACUUGUAAUUGUAAUUUUCUCUGAUCAAUCCAAUCUAUUGAGCAA